AUGGAGAGCAUCACUGCCAUACCCUCAAAUUGUCCUCAUCCCCCUCAAAUUCUCCUCAGGGCGUACGCUCGCAUCGGGAACUCGUAUUUCCGCGAGGAGCGCUACAAGGACGCCGUGCACUUCUACAACAAAUCCUUGGCCGAGCACCGCACGCCCGACGUGCUCAAAAAAUGCCAGCAGGCUGAGAAAAUCCUAAAGGAGCAAGAACGCUUGGCUUACAUCGAUCCCGACCUGGCGCUGGAGGAGAAGAACAAAGGCAACGAGUGCUUCCAGCGAGGGGAUUACCCCCAGGCCAUGAAGCAUUACAGCGAAGCCAUCCGGCGGAACCCGCACGAGGCGCGGCUUUACAGCAACCGCGCCGCCUGCUACACCAAACUGCUCGAGUUCCCGCUCGCCCUCAAGGUCUGGGGGGGCUGGGG